AUGAAAGUGGUCUGGGCAAUGCUGGCUACGAUCGCCGUGUUCCUCUCACCUGUGUAUGCCACCGAUCCUCUGGCUGACUUGGCAUUUCCCACAUGUGCCUCGCCGUGCCUCGAUGUUUCUUUACAGCUGCCCUUCUGCCCGGACGGAGAUGAAGCAUGUGUUUGCAACAGCGCUGCCUUCGCUCGAAAAUUCGAAGCGUGUCUGGAGGCCAGCUGCAUGCCGCGAGACCACUUUACGUCAACAAACAUGACACUUACCGCCUGUGGAGCAGAAGUCAGGAACAAGAGCCCCACCAUAGUCUGGGUUGCUGCUAUCGGUGCCGUGUUGGCUUAUUCGGCAACUGCAUUACGGCUCUACACGCGAUAUUACAUCAAUGAAGAUGGGCUGAGAUGGGAUGACUGGUCCAGCAUUGCCACCGGGGUUUUCUUGGCCCCCUUGACCGCCGGUGCCGUCCUUCUGGCUAAGAGCGGUGUUGGGAAAGACGUGUGGACUUUGCCCGCUUCUGACAUUACACAAGCGCUUUGGAUAUUCUAUGUACAAGAACACCUCUACGUCAUCUGCGCCGUCCUCGUCAAACUCUCCUUGCUCUUGUUCUACCUACGCAUCUUCCCCGACGCCGGGUUCCGUAGGAUAGUAUGGGUCUCACUCAUAUUCACCAUCCUCUUCGGACUCAGCGCCAUAUUUGCUUUCGGGUUCCAGUGCACACCGAUCGAUCACACGUGGAACGGAUGGGAUGGGGAGCACCCGGGCACAUGCGUCAACAUGAACGUCCUUGUGCUGACGGGAGCGUCACUCAACGUGCUGCUUGACUUCUGGGUCAUCGUACUUCCCGUUCCGGGCAUUAUGAGGCUGCAGUCGUCUGUCCGGAUGAGGCUACAGAUCGUCACCAUGUUCUGCACGGGGUUUUUCAUCACUGGAGUCAGCAUCUACCGCACCGUGAUGCUUACGAAUUUCGCCACAACGAGGAACCCGACAUGGGACUACUGCGAUGGAGGCUACUGGUCCAUCAUUGAGGUGGAUGUCAGCAUCAUUUGCAACUGCAUGCCCGCCAUCCGCAAGUUCCUUGGCCAGCUCAUCCCGAAAGUGUUCGGGACAACGCACAAAGCCACGACUGACGACCCCUCGAGGGGUGCUGGUGGCUGCUUGAGAACCGCACGGGGAUUCCAGUCUUUCAAGGGAUCAGGGGCAGAAGCGGAGAGCAUCGUGCAGCUAAUCGCUAUCGAGUCGAGAUCCCCUGGUAUCCAGCUAGAAGAGGCAAGGGAAGAGGCCAGGGAAGAGGCCAGGGCAGAGUCUAGAGAGCGGGAACCAUCGGCGAGAAGCAGUGUAGUUCAUUGA